CUGAUCCCCUCCCUGUUCUUCAGUCUGCCCUCACUCUGCAGAUCAAGACUCGGCCUGAGCUGCACACAACUUGACGGGUCCUCUGCUGCUUCUUUUCUUCAUCUUUCCUGAGGUAUAAUAACCAGGUCUCCAAACCAUGGCAGGCUCUUUCACCCGCAUGAUUUCAGGCCGUAACACGGCAGUGAUGAUGGCCAUGGGAGCUGGCACUCUGGCGUCUGCAUAUCUCCUCAAUGACAGCACAGCUGCUGCUGAGAAGAGGAAGCUCUAUCCCCCCAGUGCUGAUUUCCCCGACCUGAGGAAGCAUAACAACUGCAUGGCAGCAGCCCUGACUCCAGCCAUUUAUGCAAGCCUGAGAGAUUUAAUAACUAGCAAUGACUGGACGCUGGACCAGUGCAUCCAGACUGGGGUGGACAAUCCUGGACACCCCUUUAUCAAGACUGUGGGUAUGGUGGCUGGAGAUGAGGAGAGCUAUGAGGUGUUUGCUGAGAUCUUCGACCCUGUUAUCAAGGAUAGACACAACGGCUAUGACCCUCGCACGAUGAAGCAUCCCACCGACCUGGAUGCUUCCAAGAUCACCUCAGGGGUGUUUGAUGAGCGCUAUGUGCUGUCAUCUCGUGUGCGUACCGGCCGCAGCAUCCGUGGGCUGAGUCUUCCUCCUGCAUGCACGCGCUCUGAGCGCCGUGAAGUGGAGCGCGUGGUGGUGACAGCUCUGGCUGGGCUGAAGGGAGACCUGGCUGGUCGAUAUUACAGCCUGGGAGAUAUGACUGAGAGGGAUCAGCAGCAGCUUAUUGAUGAGCACUUCCUGUUUGAUAAACCUGUGUCACCGCUGCUCACGUCAGCUGGGAUGGCCAGGGACUGGCCUGACGCCCGUGGGAUCUGGCACAACAACGAGAGGAAUUUCUUGAUUUGGAUCAACGAGGAGGACCACACAAGGAUUAUAUCUAUGGAGAAAGGAGGAAACAUGAAGAGGGUGUUUGAAAGGUUCUCCAGGGGUCUUAAACAGGUAGAGCAUUUAAUCCAGGAGAGGGGAUGGGAGUUCAUGUGGAAUGAGCGUCUGGGAUAUAUCCUCACCUGCCCUUCUAACCUCGGCACCGGGCUCAGGGCUGGCGUGCAUAUCCGUCUGUCCUGCCUCAGCAAGGACCCUCGCUUCAAAAAAAUCCUGGAAAACCUGAGACUACAGAAGAGAGGCACAGGAGGAGUUGAUAGCGCCGCAACUGGAGACACCUUUGACAUCUCUAACCUUGACCGUCUGGGCAAAUCAGAGGUCGAAUUGGUACAGCUAUUGAUUGAUGGCGUUAACUACCUCAUUGAAUGUGAGAAAAGGCUGGAGAGGGGACAAGACAUCAAGAUCCCGGCCCCAAUCGCUCAGUUCAAGAAGUGACUGAAAGCCUCCACUGCUGGGAAUCUUGACGUAGAGCAGAUGCUGGAGCUGGUUGUUUAACUGUUGCUCCUUCAUGCACAAUCAUGUAAUCACAUUUACAUGGAUCCUAACAAAAUAAAGUAUCCUAAUAUACU